AUGCUAUGGACUAUCUUGGCAUUUGUCAAUGGCCUGCUCUUAGUUUUUCUUCUGUUCUCUAAUCGCAAAAGGAGGAAAAAUGAACCACCUCUGGACAAAGGGCUCAUACCUUGGCUUGGACAUGCCCUGGAGUUUAGAAAAGAUGCUGCAAAGUUUUUGGCAGGAAUGAAAGAGAAGCAUGGGAACAUAUUUACAGUGCGUGUGGCUGGAAUGUACCUGACGCUGCUGUUAGAUCCUGUUUUGUUUGACUCUGUGCUGAACGACGCUGCUUCACUGAAGGUGGGAAAAAGCCGGAACAAAAUGCUGGAGCAGACAUUUGGGCUGAAGCAAAACUGCAUCACUGACAACAGGAGAUGGAUGGAAAAGCAUUUUCACGCUCAGAAUCUGAGCCAACUCUGCACAAAGAUGAAAACACAAAUGGAAAAUGUGCUGAUGCAGGAUUUGAGCAGAAACUGGAGGCAAGACGGACUCUUCAGCCUCUGUUACAGCCUGCUCUUCAGAGCUGGAUAUCUGUCAUUAUUUGACAGUGAAGGUGACGCUUCCGCAGUUUAUGAAGAGUUCCGCAAGUUUGAUGAUCGUAUCGCCAAACUGGCCCGUGAAUCACUCAAGCAUGAUGAAAGGAAGUUGUUCAUGUCAGCGCGGGAGAAGCUCUGGGACCAGCUGGGCCCUAAACCUCCUGGAGCACAGCGAGCAGCGACCCUGUGCUGGCAGCAGGAAUAUGUGGAUUUCUUACAAAAGGAGGGAGUGGACGAUGAGACGCAGAGGAGAGAUUCACUCCUGCAGCUUUGGACCACACAGUGUAAUGCUGGACCUGCCGCCUUUUGGCUCCUUGGCUUUCUGCUCACUCACCCCGAGGCCAUGCAGGCGGUGGCAUCAGAGCUCUCCGGUCUAAGUGCCCAGGACAGCGGCCCCCCAGAGCCCCCCAGCCACAGCACCACACCUGUGUUUGACAGCGUUCUCAGUGAAACCCUCAGGCUCAGAGCGGCUGUAAUGAUCAACAGAGACGUGGUGCAGGACAAGAGCGUGCGCGUGGCUGACGGCCGCGAAUACCUGCUCCGCAAAGGGGACAAAGUGUGUCUGUUUCCAUUCCUCAGCCCGCAGAUGGAUCCAGAGAUACACCCACAGCCACAGAUUUUUAAGUAUGAUCGUUUCCUAAAUGGUGAGAUGACAGUGAAGAACACGUUUUAUAAGGAUGGGAGACCGCUGAAGCACUACAGUUUGCCGUGGGGAGCCGGCGGAAACGUGUGUGUGGGAAAAGACUUUGCCGUCUUCACCAUCAAACAAUUUGUGCUCCUGGUCCUGACACGUCUGGAUUUAGAGUUGUGUGAGCCAGGGGCCAGGCUCCCUCCAGUGGAUCCCUCUCGAUACGGCUUUGGCAUGCUGCAUCCCCUUGGAGACCUGCGAAGAUGCGGCUCCUGCGCUGACGGGAUCCGAGCACAGAGCGUCCCAGCCCCGCAGGACUCCAACACCAACCCGGACCAGCCAGGACCAGCCAGGCUCAACGCAGGGAGCAGACUUGUUGAUCAGCUCGCGGAUGAGAGCGUCCACGGUGGAGACUUGUCAACACCUGCGAUGUCGGACACUGAGGAAGUGGACAUGGGUUGGUCCAUCAGAUACAAUGCCUCUUGUGGGCAGCGUCCAUCCACCACAGAGCACCAACAAGUCAACACGAUCUCGUUCUUGUGA